AAAGUAUGAUAUAACAACUUAUAUAAGGUAACUUUUCUUACAACUUUCUAAUAAUUUUUCUCUAAAUAGAUGACGUCAGAAACCAGCGGUUUAAAACUCAAAAACUGGGCUGCCAUAAAAAAUCCACCAUAUCCUGCUGAAGGAGCUGGUAACCAAACCUUCAGCUCUUAUACACUUUUUGGAAUAGUUUUAGGAGGUCCUUUAUUUCUUAUUAUAUACUUUCGCUUGAGUUUAUUGUUUUAUCCUUUCUUAUUACCUCUUGGUUUGCCUAUUUUCGCUGGCUAUUUUUAUUUAUCCUCAAAAUACUCCGCUCCAUAUAACAACAAGGUUCAACUUCCAGGCAGAAAAAUUGAAGAGUAUAUUAUUAUACAAGAUUCAUCAUUAGCUAUCUACUCCAAUCGUAAUAAGAUUCCAAUGGAACUUUUUUUUGAGAAUUAUUUUGAUGGAAAAAUUGAUCUUCGUGGUGAUGCUCUCGAAAUCCUUGAAUCUCGUCAUGAUUGGGCUUCAUUUGAAUUUACAAUGGGUCAAUUUAAAUUCUUUUUAACCCAAUGGAUACCUGAAACUUUGGUACAUUCUAAAAAGCAAGAUGAAGAACAAGUCAGGGAUCAUUACGAUCGUGGUGAUGAUUUCUAUGCUGCAUUUUUAGGGCCUAGGAUGGUUUAUACAUCUGGCAUUAUUUCAGAUCAGAACAAAUGUGAAACACUUGAAGAAAUGCAAGAUAAUAAAUUAAAACUUGUUUGUGAGAGAAUGCGUAUGAAAGAAGGUGAACGACAUUUAGAUAUUGGAUGUGGAUGGGGAACACUUGUAGCAUAUGCCGCUAAACAUUACGGUGUAGAUUCUACUGGUAUUACCCUUGGUCGUAAUCAAACUCAGUUCGGUAACAAUCGAAUUAAAGAGUUUGGUGUCGACGGACAACAAGCUCGUAUAAAGUGUAUGGAUUAUCGUGAUAUACCUAGAAGUCCAAAGUAUCACAAGAUUACCUGUCUUGAAAUGGCUGAACACGUGGGUGUUAGACUUUUUACAACAUUUCUAGAACAAGUUAGAGACAUGCUUGAAGACGAUGGUUUGUUCUUCUUGCAAAUUGCUGGGUUACGGCGCACAUGGCAAUACGAAGAUUUCAUAUGGGGAUUAUUUAUGGCCAAAUAUAUUUUUCCUGGUGCUGAUGCCUCUUGUCCUUUGGGAUGGGUUAUUGAUAAGUUGGAAGUUUCAGGGUUUGAGAUUCAAAGUGUUGAUACAAUUGGUGUCCAUUAUUCGGGUACAAUCUGGCGCUGGUAUCAGAAUUGGCUCAAAAAUAAAGACACUAUCACCGCGAAAUAUGGCAAGAGAUGGUAUCGGAUUUGGGAAAUUUUCUUAGCAUGGUCGACUAUAAUUUCUCGUCAAGGAAGUGCUACUUGUUAUCAAAUAGUAGCUCAUAAAAAUUUGAACGCUUUUGAUCGUGCUGAAUUGAUUUCGAAAAAACUUUUAUCUUUUUAGCUCAUACAUACAAAAAAAAAAAAAUAAUUUGUAAAUAAUACCUAUUUAUUUGU